AUGAUUAGCUUACCCGAAUGUCGACUUUCCUUUGCUUGUUCAGCCCUUUUGCCUUCCGUUUCCUUCAACAAAAAGAGAGGAAGAAAAGUUAAACUGUUUCUUGUUUACUGUGUUGACGUAUAUAUAUAUAUAUAUAUUUGCCCUCUUUUCGUUAGUCCCUUCUUUUUUUCCUUUUAUUGUCUUUCUGUCUCUUUGCGCCCAUUUUUUUUUUUUAAUUCUGCUGCUGUUAGUUUCCCCCUUUCCUUUCCCUUAACUUUUCUUUUAUCUUCAUUCCUCACUCUCCGCUGUGUCUGUGGGAUGUGUUGCGAAUUGAGUAGAUGGAGAGGGUGCGAUCAAAAUGUAUGUGUCUGUGCGUAUAUGGAGAUGUUGUGGUAA